AUGAUUUAUAGGUUUGUAACAAGUUAUGAAUCAUUUAGAGAACAAUUCUUCCAAACUUAUCAAUCCUUUACUAAAGGUUCAAUUGUAUUAUCAAAAAUUGUAUCAAUGUAUCUUGGAAAUAAUUCUCUACAAGAACAAGUAAGAACUCAAUCAUUAAUUGCAAUUAAACACUUUGUUGAUGAAUGUUUUAAUGACUUAGAUUCAAGGUCUAUUGUUAUUGUAAAGAAGUUUAUAAAUGAAUUAAAACAUAGAAAUGAAGAAAAAAAUGUACAAGCACUUAAUGCUGUCCUAUUAAGAAAAGAAACAGAAUUAAAACAUUUUAUUGCUGAAAGUCUUGUUCCACCAAUAGACUUCUUUAUACCACAAGAGGCUGUUUCACCAUCAAUGUUAAUUCAAUUAUCUGAUAGUGGAGAAGUUGCUCGACAAUUAACAUUAGUUGCUUCUAAAAUAUUUAAUAAAAUCGGUCGUCAAGAAUUCUUCAAUAAAUCUUGGAAUGAUGAAUCUUUAUUCCCACAAUCAAUUAAUGUCAUAAGAAUGUUACGACAUUCUGAUACUGUUCGUGAUUGGGUAACUAGUUCUAUUUUAUCUUUCUUUUCUACAGAAAAUAGAGUAAAAGCUACUAUUCAUUUCAUUCAAAUUGGUGAUUAUUUGAUGAAAUUAAAUAAUUUCCAAUCACUAUAUGGUAUUGUCCAAGCCCUUGGACCAAAUGGUUGUAUUUCUCGAUUACAGGUUAUGGAUAGUAUUCCAUCAAAAUAUUCUAAGUUAUAUCAUCAGCUAAAGAAAGCAGUUCAUGACAAAAAUGAUUACAAAAACUACAGACAAAUUAUUUCUAAAAUUAAUGAACCUUACAUCCCAUUAAUUAAUGCAUUCUUAAAAGAUAUCGAAAAAUUUGAGGAUGAAAAUCCAAAAACAACAAAAAUGGGUAAAAUUGAUGUUAUUAAUAUGAAAAGAUACGAUUCUUUAGCUGACAUGGUAAAUCAAUUCCUCAGUGUAAGAGAAAAUUCUUAUAAAAUUCCAAUGGUAGAGCCUCUAUCAACUUUCCUUAAUGAAAUGGUAAAUUUGAGUGGUAAGCCUCGAGAUGAAGUUGUUUCAAUGUGGAUCAAGUUAUUACCAAACUAA